CUGUCGACCCCUUUGAACACUCACUUGUUUUUGUUUGAAACGCAACCGGCGCGUACAGGUGGUUGCACACAACAAUCGUAUUUAUUUGGAGCAUUUUCGGGCUCUGAUCCCGAUUUGGUCCCUACCAAAUGGAUCUCCCUGCCGUGUUGUAUCCUUUCAACCCAGCGGAGCCCAGCGUUCGUAUCGAUCAAAAGGAGUUUUUAAUAGGUAGAGCUAAACAUGCAUCCUAUGACAUUGUUGAUCUUGGGAUAUCAAGGAACCAUUGUAUUCUUCGUCACAAUGGUACUUGGUCUAUCUGUGAUAAGAGUUCUGCUGGGACAUGGCUGAAUGGAAAACGUCUUAAAAUCAAUAAUGAGGUUGGCCUUAAUGAUGGCGAUCAUCUACAACUUAGCGAGGGAUCAAAGUAUUCGUACAUAUUUUGUUCUAGUAUUCAGCAUUGUCCUAACUCGUGCCAGAAAAGAGCAUCUAAUACACGAUCUGGGCUGGAUGCUGAAAUGGCACAAAGAAGAAGGUUUUUCGAUUAUCAAGCUUCACUCCAAAAAGAUGGUUUAGCUAAAAGUAUCUUAGAGAAGCAGCAAAAUCGUCAAAAACUAGAACACCAACAGAAGCUGCUGCAUGAUUCCUACAAGGAACAGCUGGAGGUACUAGUGGCAAGGAAUCUCCAACUUCAAGAAGACCUUGUCAAAAAAGGAAGUUCUUCAGGAAGCAACCUGUUAGAAGAGAAAGAGCAGCUUCAAAAACGGUUAACAGUGGAAAAACAAAACCUAGAAGAAUUACAUUUAAAGGAGACUUCAGAUCUAGCUAAAAAGAUUGCUGCCUUUGAGGCAGCUGAAAGUGAGCUAAGGAGUCAAAACAAAGAGCUUCAUGAUCAAUUAGAACGAGAUAAACAGCAGUUUGAGAUAAGGCUGGAAGAGGAGAGGAAAGCCUUGGGGGCGAAGUUUGCUGAGCAACUGGCUGAACAAAGGAGACUCGCUGCCGAAAAGAGUGAAGUUGAGGAAGCUCUUCGGCUUCGAAUUCAAGACUUGGAGAAGGUGGCUGCCAACCGUGAAGAAAAAGAGCAGCAGCAAAGACUAGUGGAUCAGGAAAAGGAAGAAGAUCGCCUUUCCAAGGAGAAAAUUGAAUUUGAGAAGAGACUUCAGGAACUUCAAAGGGCAUUAGAAGAAAAAGAGAGACAAGAGAAAGAAAAAGAAAAGGCAUUCCUUGAACGGGAUUUGCUUCUGAAAGCCCAAGAGGAGGAAAGAGAACGUGAACGCAAGGAACGGGAAGAGAAGAUGGAAGCAGAAUUUCUAGCCAAAAAAUUGGAAUUAGAGAAUCUUGAGAGACAGAGACAGCAAGAGCUUAACAAGCAUAAAGAAGAGGUUACCAAAGAGUUGAAAGAUCGUGAAGCUGAGCUCCAGCGCAAAGCAGAGGAGCACCAAAGAGAACUUGAAGCACAGAAACUUUCAGAGCAAGAACGUCUCAAAAAAGAGAUGGAGGUUAUGGAAAUUAAAUUGCGCCUGGAGCUAGAAUCUGAGGUAUCUAAGCUCCAGGAAGAAAAGGCUUUGAUUGAGACGCAAAUUCGAGGGGAGUUAAGCAAAAAGGAGGGAGAAAAUGCUGAAAUUCUAGUUAAGCUCAGAUCUGAGUUGGAUCAGGUGAAAAAAGAUCUUGAUUCAACCAGCAGCAGACGGACCCUUCUAGAAAAAGAGUUAGAAGAGGCAAGUCGAGCUAAGGAAGCAGCAUCCAAAAAUGAACAGCAAGCUAAACAAGAUGUUAUUGAGAAUUUUGGAGAGCUUGUUGAAUCUGAAUUACAAUGUAGUAUCUGUAAUGAGUUGUUUGUUAUGGCAACAACCCUUAACUGUAACCACACAUUUUGCCAAGAGUGCAUUGCUAGUUGGGUGAAGAAAAACAAGACCUGCCCCAUUUGUAGAGCUCCUUACACUCAGCAGAGUAGAUCUCUUGUCUUAGACAAUUUCAUUGAUAGAAUGGUUGAAAACUUAUCGGAUGAUUUGAAAAAGAGAAGACGGGAAAUAGUGGAAGAAAGGAAAGUAUUGGCGCAUGUUGAAGACCUUGAAGCAAAUCCAAAUAAAAAGCGAAAAACUGCUAAUGUCCCAGUGACGGUUCCCUUCCAAAUAGUCAAUGGAAACAACUCCAGAAUUUUAGUCCCUGUGACUUUAGCAAAUGUGCCACCUGGAGCCACAGUCAUCCGAUUACCUGCUGGAACCAGGAACGUCAAUCUGCCCCCAGGUCUGCGACCAUCGACCUCACAGCCGAUGCAGGCGACGGCCCAGGCGGCAGCAAUGCAGGCACUGCAGGGAAUGCCAGCAAUGCCCGCCCCUUUCUAUCUGCAGCCAGGGCAGCCGCCAUUGCCGCCACAGCGCCCACCCUCGGCCCCCCCAUCGUCAUCAGCUCCGAAUCGGACAGCUCAGAUUCGGCAGAUGAGGCAAGCGAGACCGGUCCAGCCCCGCCCCCAGGCCGCGGCCCCGGGGGCCACAGGCAUGGCCACAGGCAUCCGCACGCGAGGUGGGGCCGCCGCUAGGCCGGCAGCAGCCCACAGCUACACCGUGCCGUUCGCCGGACCCGGACAGCCGCUCGGACACCAUCCCUACACUGUGCCUGGCCACCCUCCUGGACGAGCUGCGCCUCCUCUGAUUUUGAGGAAUCAAAGUGCACCGGUCGUGAGGCACAGUGCGCCUGCCCCCGUCCAGGCUGUCCAGCAGGCUGUCCAGAGGGGCCAGAGGCCCGGCACACCCGCCUACGCGUACCAAAACCGUCACCCGCGACCUUGACAACGCCACUUGAUUGCGCCUUCUUACCACUGUUUAAUUCUUGGUGCUGUGAUGAAGGUGAUGCUUUCACAUCACAUAUGAAAUUGUGUCUUGUUUGUUUACAAGUGUGCAUUCUACUUUGGAUGCUCUACAGAUUGAAAUUCUGUAGUAAUGAUUACGUACGUUAAUUUAUUUUGACUCGCUUCUUUUUGCUUAGUUUCUUGUGAAAAUUUUAUUUUAGUAUUUCUUCUAUGACCUAUUUUUACAACUAUUGUUUGUUAGUCAAUUUGAAGCUUGAUUUGAUGUCACUGCCAAAAUCCACUUCUCAUUGUCAAUAAUUUGUUUCCCAAGAAACUACUCAAAAAGAAAACAAAUGAUGUAAGUGACCAUAAUCUGACAGAAAGUGAAGUAAACUUGUUCAAACCUG